GCAGGCGCAGAGGCGGGGGUUCGCAGUGCGCAGGAGCUGCGUCAGGACGCGCCGACGCGGUCGCUGGGCGCCGGUGAUCGCGCGGGAACAUGGCCGAGUCCGGGUUGAAGUCCGUGCUGUUCGUGUGUCUAGGUAACAUUUGCCGGUCACCCAUUGCAGAAGCAGUUUUCAGAAAACUUGUGACUGAUCAAAACAUUUCUGAUAACUGGAGGAUAGACAGUGCAGCCACAUCUACAUAUGAAGUGGGAAACCCCCCUGACUAUCGAGGGCAAAGUUGCAUGAAGAAGCAUGGCAUCCCCAUGAGUCACGUUGCCCGGCAGGUCACCAAGGAGGACUUCGCAACAUUUGACUACAUACUGUGUAUGGAUGAAAGCAAUCUGAGGAACCUUGUGCCAAGGCGCUCUUGCCCACACCUCUGGUUCCUGCCCGACACAUCACAGGGCCCAGUGGGAACUUUCAGAGAUUUGAAUAGAAAAAGCAACCAAGUUAAAAACUGCAAAGCUAAAAUUGAACUGCUUGGAAGCUAUGACCCACAGAAGCAGCUCAUCAUUGAAGACCCCUAUUAUGGGAAUGAGUCUGACUUCGAGCUGGUGUACCAGCAGUGCAUCCGGUGUUGCAAAGCCUUCCUGGAGAAGGCCUGCUAGGGCUGGCUAGGCCCCUCCACUGGCCCACUCUCACCCCAGCCAGCUCUGCCCUCUCACUCCUGUGCUCAAGCCCAGGCCCCACCUGUUUCUCCAGACGACCUAACCUUUCUUCUCUUAAAAAUAAUUGUAGGUACAGAUCUGCUGUAUUUGCAGAAGAAUAAAUAAACAUGCUUGAUUUGGUGUUUAUGGGGUACAGUAAGUGUUCUUAGACUAGUUGAGAAUGUCCCACUUUGCCCUAUUUAUAAAACAGUGAAACAAAUAUAGAACAGACAAACAGCACAAUGGAGCAAGAAAGACCCAAAGGCCCAGAUCAGCCUCUUAGCCGAGGAAGACCUGGAUACCUGUGCUACCUCGAGGGAGUGUGGACAGUGCCUCAGCUCACCUGUGCACUCUCCGCCCGGCCUCUACCCAUCACAGCAGCCCAUCCAGAGCAGCCCGUCACCGACAUAUCAGUGUUGUAGCUCAUGCACACUCAUUGUGCACAUUUGUAUGCAUGUGUUCAAUAGUGAAUGUUUAAACUUCUUUAAAAAAUUUAUAGUAAAAGACACACUGCCACGAAUUCCCCUCAAAGUCCUCCCCUUUACUUUGGACACACUUAAUCCCAUCAUCCUUGCCACUUUCUGAAGCACUUCUGGAAGUCUUUCCUGAGGGUCUUUAGCUGCGCUGUCCUGGCUGCCUCUGUGUCCUGAAUCGAUUGAAAACGUUUCCCUCUCAUGGUCAUUUUGACUUUGGAAAGAGCCAGAAGUCACCUGGUGCCAGAUCUGGUGAUUAAAGUGGAUGAGGACACACUUAUGUUUUUAGGAGCUGCCUUUCCAUUGGAUGGCACUUGACAGCAGCCUUCUCUGUCGUUUUGAUCACACUUUGUAAAGGCAUGAGAGAGGAUAUGCUUCAGAAAGGGGCAGGAAUUUUGGGAUAAGAGUGUUUGAACCUAUGGAGAGUAUUUUGAGGGGGAUUCAUGGAAGUAUGUCUUACUGUAAUAAUUUUAAUUUAAACAUUCACUGUAUAUUUUGAUCACACCUCCUGUAUUUAAGAUGGAAAGAGGGAUUGGUAGAAUUGUUGGUUUAAUAGUUGUUGGUUUUGUCUAGUUUAUUUCAUGAGGAGGUCUGCUUAUUUGUUCCCAUUUAAACUACUCUUCUCUAAAAAUUUAAUUCUGUCCAACGAGAACAACACUUGUAAGCAGUGUAUCUUAUGAACAGUUGAGGGGUGUGUCUGUUUUAUAUGCACAUGUAAUCUAGAUGUCAAUACAAAUUGGCUUAGGUUUAAAAAAGUAAAAAAGUUGGAAAAGUUUAUUAAGUUUGUAUGCGUAAAUAUUGAUAUGUUAAGAAAGUUAUAGCCAAAUAUAAGUAAUUUCAUUUCACUCUCAAAUUCAUAUGGGUAUCAGAAAAGACUGCUUUCAAGAUAAACUGAGACGUUACAAAGUACAACUGAGAUAAAUCCAGCGUCUUCCUCCUCUUUUUAUUGUCAAAUAAAGAAGCAUUUGAGAACAUU